CGCCCAGAGACUUCGUUUGUCCCGCCCCCAGCCAAACCAGCUGCUUCUGACGUCACUUUGAGCGCGGAGUUUGUUGGCGGAAAAAAAUAUCUGUGAAACAAGUCUGAUUCAGAGUGGCUUCCUUUAUCCUUUGUGUAUUAAAGAUUUCCCCGUCGAAACCCGAAAACAUUCGUCAACAAUAUUUUCGUUUGAAAUGAGAUUUUAUUGAAUUAAAAGGAUCCAAGAAAGAUGGAGGUGUCUCCUAUCGAAAAGGAACUGAACCACACCGAGGAGUGCCCCAUCAAGGAUGAGAGGAGCCACAGAAGAGCCAAAAGAUCAAGGAAUGUGGAGAUGGAGAUUGACAACCUUUACAAAGCAGUCCCUCAGCUUCACAAAGUUUUCAACGUCAUAGACAAAAUCGGAGAAGGCACCUUCAGUGCAGUAUACCUUGGGGAGGCUAAGAUGCUGGAUGGGGGCCGGGAGAGGUUUGCCCUCAAGCGUCUCAUUCCCACCAGCCACCCUGCUCGAAUCGCUGCUGAACUCCAGUGUCUCACCAUCGCCGGGGGCAGGGAGAACGUGAUGGGCGCCACCUACUGCUUCAGGAGGGAGGGAGAGGUGGUGAUCGUCAUGCCCUACAUGGAGCACCAACCCAUUGGGGAGAUCAUCGGGCUGCUGAGCUUUGAGGAGGUCCGUCUGUACAUCUACAACCUGCUGAAAGCCCUUAAACACAUCCACCAGUUUGGGAUCAUCCAUCGCGACAUUAAGUUCAACAACUUCCUCUACAACCGGAGAGCCAAGAUGUAUUCCCUGGUGGACUUUGGCCUUGCGCAGGGCACGGCCGACACCCAGAUCGAGCUGCUGAAGGUGGUGAAGCAGAGGGCCACUCAGAAGGCUGGGGGGGCCACAGGGAAGACAGACACUGGGGUUCCGGGGAAGAAGGCCCCUAGAGCCUCAGACACUCCCACGCCCCUCACCACCACCGGCCCCCCCUCUCCCCCUCAGCCCCAACAGCAGUCCGCCGCCCCGCCUUCCUCCUCCUCUUCCUCCACCACCGCCACCGUCACCCCCACCACUGCUACCUCAUCUCCGUCAACUGGGAAACAAGUGGCUCGGCCUGCCACCACCACCACCACCUCCACCACUUCUAAACACACCAAGUUGUCGCGUCUGAGCCGGACCCUGCGGCCCGUGUUUGGAGAGAGGAACCUCAACAGCGUCCCCUCGGCCCCCACCGCCCCCACCACCAUCACCACCACCACCACCGCCACCACCAAGCCCCCGGCCGCAAGGAUAGAGCUGGUGAAGCCGGGGAGGACGGAGGACCUGGUCACCAGGCGGGUGGCCCCGCCCCCGCCCCCCCGGAAGCCGCUCCCGGCCAGGAGCCUCCCCCGGACCUCCACCGUCAGCCCCGCCCUCACCUGCCACUGCUUCCAGACGGAGCGGGUCUGCAACAUCUGCAAGUCCAGUAAAAAAAAAAGGCCUGAUUUUAAGAAUGUGUGGCGUGGGUGGCCCGAGCCCCCAGUCCCGUAUCGCGUGGCUCUAAACCCCGCUCCACAUCUCUGUUCCUCCAGGAAGAAGCAGGUGGCCCCCAGGGCGGGAACCCCCGGGUUCAGGGCCCCAGAGGUCCUGACCUGCUGCCCCACCCAGGGGACCGCUGUCUCUGGUCAGCUGGUGAAGCCGGGGAGGACGGAGGACCUGGUCACCAGGCGGGUGGCCCCGCCCCCGCCCCCCCGGAAGCCGUUCCCGGCCAGGAGCCUCCCCCGGACCUCCACCGUCAGCCCCGCCCUCACCUGCCACUGCUUCCAGACGGAGCGGGUCUGCAACAUCUGCAUGUCCAGGAAGAAGCAGGUGGCCCCCAGGGCGGGAACCCCCGGGUUCAGGGCCCCAGAGGUCCUGACCUGCUGCCCCACCCAGGGGACCGCCAUAGACGUGUGGUCGGCGGGCGUGAUCCUGCUGUCUCUGCUCAGCAACCGCUACCCCUUCUUCAAGGGCAGCGAGGACCUGGUGAGCCUCACGCAGAUCAUGAUCGUACGUGGCUCCCGGGAGACCGUCCAGGCCGCCCAGACCUUUGGCAAGGCGGUGGUCUGCAGCCGCGAGCUCCCCCGCCAGGACCUGCGGCUGCUCUGUGAGCGGCUCCGGGGCCGCCGGCCCGCGCCCGACGGGGACGAGGCACGCCUGGGGGAGGGGAAGGAGGACCAGGAGGAGGGGCCCAGGCCCAGCGGCGUGGCAGCAGCUCCGCCCGCCGAGGGGCCGCGGCCCCCGGCGCCCGUCAACGACCAUCACCUCCCCAUCAAGAAGCAGCACCGCCGCCUCGAGUGCACCGCCGGGGUCCCCGCUCCGAAGGCCCCCCGGCUGGAGGGCGCUGAGGGGGUCCGGGCGGAGGAGGAGGAGGAGCGGGGCUGGGACAGAGUUCCAGGCGAGGCCUACGGGCUCUUGGACAGACUGCUGGACCUGAACCCGGCCACCAGGAUCACAGCGGCCGAGGCCCUGCUCCACCCGCUGUUCACAGACCUCCACUGACCCCCCGAGGCCCUGCUCCACCCGCUGUUCACAGACCUCCACUGACCCCCCGAGGCCCUGCUCCACCCGCUGUUCACAGACCUCCACUGACCCCCCGAGGCCCUGCUCCACCCGCUGUUCACAGACCUCCACUGACCCCCCGAGGCCCUGCUCCACCCGCUGUUCACAGACCUCCACUGACCCCCCCGAGGCCCUGCUCCACCCGCUGUUCACAGACCUCCACUGACCCCCGGAGGCUCCGUGAAGGCCCUUCUCCACCCGACACAAUGGACGAGUUAAAGAGAAGGAGCCUCUUCUUGUGGAGAGGUUUUUAUUUAGUAGGGCCCCUCAGUCUAACUUCAGAAGGAGCAAAGCGUUUGAAACCAGAUGGUUUUUUGUUUGGGCGGGUUGGAGGAGUUUGGUUUUCAGUUGUAAAUAAUUCCUGGUGCCUUUGCUUUAUGUGUGUAAAGAUGAACGAGUACUAUUUAAAUGUUUUAAUUUUAUAAUUCUUCUAAAUAAUAAAUGUCAACUAAAAGUGGA